GGUGGCACCUCCCGGGCCUCAUGGCCGCCUCGCCGCCGCUCAGCUGCGCCGGAGCCUCGGGGCCUUGGGGCCUGAACCGCCGCCUCCUCCUGCUGCUGCUGCUGCUGCUGCUGCCGCUGCUGAACUCGGGUUAUAAAGAAAACAAUUCCAUACCAGGUGGGGAGGGUGAGCCCCUGCGCCAGGAAAACCUCAGCUCCUGGGAGGUUUGUGGCAGACCCUGGUGGUCGGAAGAUUUGGACAUGACCCGACAUUGGCCCUGGGAGGUGAGCCUCCGGCUGGAAAAUGAACACAUAUGUGGAGGGGCCCUCAUUGAUCUCAGCUGGGUGGUGACUGCUGCCCACUGCAUCCAAGGCACCAAAGAGUACUCCGUGACUCUCGGCACCCCCAAGCUGAAGCCCGUGGACUUCCCGAAGGGCGUCUCGAUCCCCGUGAAGGACAUCGUCAUGCACCCCAAGUACUGGGGCCGGACCUUCAUCAUGGGUGAUAUUGCCCUUCUCCAGCUUCAGACUCCGGCCGUCUUCGGCAAGUACGUGCAGCCCGUCUGCCUCCCGGAGGCCAGCUACAACCUGAAGGUGGGGACGCAGUGCUGGGUGACUGGCUGGGGCCAGGUGAAACAGCGCUUCUCAGCCAACUCCACGCUGACCCCAGAGCUGCGGGAAGCUGAGGUGUUUAUCAUGGACAACAAGAGGUGCAACCGGAUUUACCGCAAGAAGUCCCUCAUCCCCCACCUUGUCCCCCUUGUCCUGGGGAACAUGAUCUGUGCCACCAAUUAUGGAGAAAACUUGUGCUCUGGGGAUUCUGGGGGUCCGUUGGCUUGUGAAGUCGAGGGCAAAUGGAUUCUGGCUGGGGUGUUGUCCUGGGAGAAGGCUUGUGCCAAAGCACAGAAUCCUGGCGUGUACACCCGUGUCACCAAAUACAGCAAAUGGAUCAAGCAGCAAAUAAGUAAUGGGGCUCCCUCAGGCCCCCAGACCUCUGCCUGGCUUCUACUCCUGUUCUGGCUGCUGCAGCCCCAGAUGGGCCCCUGAUCUCUCUUCUCUCUUCUCCCUGCUUUGCCUGUGCUUUAUGGGUCCAGGUCAAGGUUAGACCCAGUUCCUGUGUCGGUAUUCAACAAGAGUCAAGGUGGGGAGAGUGGCCCCCGGGAGGAUGGAGCCCUGCUUUGGCCUCCCCAUGGGGAGGGAUGCGGUGGAUGACUAGGCCUUGGGUGACCAGGAAAAGGGACGUGUGGCCUAGAAGAGCUCUGGAAUUGGGGACCAGGAUAGCCGGGAUUAAAUUUGUGCAAAUGUGA